AGCGGCUAUUCCUGGCCGCACAUCAUCUUCGGCGCGAUCAUAAUCACCAUCAUCAUCCUGAUGAUAAUCAUCGGAAAUUUCCUGGUCAUCUGGGCCAUCCUACACGACCGCACGUUGAAAACCACGCAGAACCUCUUCAUCAUGUCCCUCGCGUUCGCCGAUUUCUUCCUCGGUCUGAUCGUCAUCCCAUUCUCCCUGACCUACGAGCUUCUCGGAUACUGGCUUUUUGGUGUGAUAUGGUGCGAGCUGUACAAAGCCAUCGACGUAUUGCUCUGCACGGCCUCCAUUAUGUCCCUGUGCUUGAUAUCCCUUGACAGGUACUGGUCCAUAACGAGGGCCGUCCAUUACGCCCGCCAGCGUACACGGAAACGGGCGGCAAUAAUGAUCUUCACGGUGUGGUUCAUCUCCGCUGUGGUGAGCAUCCCCCCACUCAUCGGCUGGAAGCAGCCCGCCCGCGAGUCUAGGUGGGCCUUGUGUAACCUGAGCGAGGACAUCGGCUACGUGGUGUACUCGGCCUUCGGCUCGUUCUUCAUACCCGCGUUCAUCAUGGUUUUUGUUUACUUUAAAAUCUACCAGGCAGCGAAGGAGCGCGCGAGAAAGAACGUCUCGAAGGUGCAGGCGACGAAAUCGUCCGACAAGCACGAGCAGAAACACUCGACGGAAUCCAGUAUCACCGAACAUGCCGGGAACAGAGAGUGCUCGCAUGAUAUGGACGAUGACAAUAUGAGCAUCCCUCCUGACCCGCCCGAAGCUUGCGGAAAUAUAACAGAGGAGACCGCGUGCGAUACGGCAGGGGAAAGUGUUCAUCCAACGACCUCGGAGGACGAGGUAAACCUGCGAGUCAGUCGUGCUCCGGAACUCGAGGCGAACGCCGUUCGUGAGGCCGAGUACUCGAGACUUUUGUGCACGGAUUCGGACUCAAACGAGCCGACAGAUCGAGGCCCGUUCAAGCUGAGCCCGAUUAAACCUAGUUUCGAACCCAUUCCCGCCAGUGAUACGGACACGGGUAAUCAUAAGGGCGUCGGGAAGACGUGCUCCAUCGACGACACCCUCAGCCUUCACGAUGAGCACAACAACGGCUCUCUGCGUCGAUUCAAGAUUGUCGAACUCAGAGCCAACGGCAGCUCGACGGUCUCCAGCGACAACAAAAACGAUGUUCCAAAACACACGGUGCUAGAGUCACUGCGGAGACGUCUGCUGGUCAGAACUAGGAACAGCCGCAAGCGGAAACCCGCACCGCCCCGGCAGGACGGGGCGAAGACAGUGGAUUUUCAGAGCGCGGAGAGACAGAAGAGAAAGCUCGCCAAAGCCCGCGAGAGACGGGCAACGGUCGUCCUCGGGCUGGUGAUGGCGGCGUUCAUCUUGUGCUGGCUCCCGUUCUUCGGACUGUACCUGGCCUCGGCUUUCUGCCCUGGAUGCAUCCCGGAGAUGGUCUUCACGGUCUUCUUCUGGAUCGGCUACUGCAACUCGGCCCUGAAUCCCAUCAUCUACACGGUUUUUAACCGAGACUUUAAGAGGGCUUUCCAAAAGAUUCUGUUCGGUCGUAAACGCGGUCGCCGUUGA